CUGAAUUUAAUCAGAGUUGUCGAGUUUGGUCCUUCUGCCUGGAAGUGAGGAAUGAGGUGGAAGGUGAAGGCUGUAUCUAUAUGGGGCAUUUCUCCUGACAAGUUUUUCUGAUCCACUUUGCAGUUAGAUAUGCUGAACGAUGAUUUAAACUGAACGGCUAAGGUGUGGGAAACAAGGAAGAUCUAUUCUCUUAACAAUGGCAGCAAAAUCAUCACUCCUCAAAGUAAUACUGCUAGGAGAUGGUGGAGUUGGGAAGAGUUCCCUUAUGAACAGAUAUGUCACCAACAAGUUUGAUGCACAGCUUUUUCAUACGAUUGGUGUGGAAUUCUUAAACAAAGAUUUGGAAGUGGACGGACACUUUGUCACUCUGCAGAUCUGGGACACAGCAGGUCAGGAACGUUUUAGGAGCCUGCGGACUCCUUUCUACAGAGGUUCUGACUGUUGCUUGCUUACCUUCAGCGUGGAUGACUCUCAAAGCUUCCAAAACUUAAGCAACUGGAAGAAAGAAUUCAUUUAUUACGCAGAUGUCAAGGAGCCCGAAAGCUUUCCAUUUGUGAUAUUGGGUAACAAAGUUGAUAUAAGUGAGAGGCAGGUGUCUACGGAAGAAGCCCAAGACUGGUGCAGGAAUAAUGGCAAUCAUCCCUAUUUUGAAACCAGUGCAAAAGAUGCCACUAAUGUUGCAGCAGCCUUUGAAGAAGCUGUUAGAAGAGUUCUAGCCUCUGAAGAUAGAUCGGAUCAUUUCAUUCAAACGGAUACAGUAAACCUCCAUCGGAAACCGAAACCUAGUUCAUCUUGUUGUUGACUUUUUCUUUUUUGCCAAAUUACUUUCAACUAGCUUACUCUGUAAGAGGAUGGGAAAAAUGUAGAUAUAAUAACAAAUGGGUUCUGCUCUAAUACUGAAGUUGUGAUACUCUGCUGCUUUCCUGGAGGAGCAAAACCGAUUUCCAUUCGCAAGUGACCCGUUAUUGAAUUAGUGACACUUCCUAUCAGGAAGGUGUCGAGUAAAAAUCUUAAUAUAAGAAUGUAAUUUGCCAACUCUAAGUGAGAAAUACUUUGAAUAUAGUUAAAACUUGAAGUUCUAGAAGCACUACUACGUGGAAACUGUUCUGGAAUUCAGAUACAAAGAAACUUUUAUAUGUAUAUAUAUUUUUAUGAAAUUAGCAUUCCAUUUUGUUUCACUAGAACUCAGUUUCUUAACAGUGCUAGAUAUUAAACUUUAGUCGCGCUGCAUUCCUUUGGAUGUGUGUGGAACUUCAUCUCUAAUGCAUUUACUACAAGUUAACAUAAAUUACCUUCAAGUUUUCUGUAAUUGCUAUAAUUUGUGUAGGUUUUUAAGUAGGAAAUAAAUUUCCUACCUAUUUAAUGUUCA